AUGGCCCCCAAGACUCUCAUUGCCCCGUCCAUCCUCUCGGCGGAUUUCGCACAGCUCGGCGCAGAAUGUGCCCGAACCAUCGAGCAGGGUGCGGAUUGGUUGCACAUUGAUAUCAUGGAUGGCCAUUUCGUACCAAACAUUACCUUUGGCGCCCCGGUUGUUGCAAAGGUCCGCCCGCACGUCGAGAAGCCGAGCCAGCCCACCGGACGAGGCACAUUUGAUUGCCAUAUGAUGAUUGCGGAGCCCAAGAAAUGGGUCAAGGAGUUCAAGGCCGCCGGUUGUGACCUAUACUGCUUCCACUACGAAGCCGCUUUCUCAUCAGCUGCCGAAUCCCCCGAGGAGACGACCGACAAGAAGACAAGCCCCAAGGAACUGAUCAGAUAUAUCCACGACCAAGGGCUGCUAGCUGGUAUUGCGAUCAAGCCUGAUACAUCUGUUGAUGUGCUUUGGGACAUCCUUGAGAGCUCGGACCCCAAGGAGAGACCUGAUAUGGUCUUAGUUAUGACAGUUCAUCCCGGAUUUGGAGGCCAAAAGUUCAUGGCCUCGGAGCUGCCGAAGGUCCAGGAACUGCGCAAGCGAUACCCCGAGCUGAAUAUCGAGGUUGAUGGGGGUCUCGGGCCCAGCACAAUCGACCAGGCGGCCGAUGCAGGAGCAAAUGUCAUUGUUGCGGGCAGUGCCGUCUUUGGAGCCAAGGAUCCGGCCGAGGUCAUUUCUCUGCUUCGAAAGUCGGUUGACACGAGGGGUGGCAAAUUGUAG